UGCUCCGUAAAGAGCGCGUCGCCGAGAACUUUCUAGCUUCUCGGCCUGGGGGCUUCUGGGAGAGCUGGAAGCCCGCGUGGCCUUCGCACCGAGUGCUUGGGAGAGGCGGCCACGCAGUUCCCGGCUCUGCGGCUGAGGCGAGUUCUUCAGACCCUUGUGAGUGGGAGCGUGGGGUCGGUCCCCCAGCUGGAGAAGGUUGUGAGCAGUGGCGAUGGCAGUGGCAGUGCUGCGUGACUGGUGCAGGUGGAUGGGCGUGAAUGAGCAGCGCUCGCUGCUCAUCCUGGGCAUUCCCGACGACUGUGAGGACCAGGAAUUCCAGGAGGCCGUGAAGGCUGCCCUCCAGCCCCUGGGCAGAUACCGAGUGCUGGGCAAGGUGUUCAGAAAGGAGUUCAGAUCCAAGGUCGCCUUGGUGGAGAUGGCUCAGUAUUUAAACCGAAGUGUGAUCCCCCGACAAAUACCAGGCAUGGGAGGACCCUGGACUGUGGUCUUUCUGCCCCAGGCCCCGGAAUCAGAGUCAGAGGAUACACUCAAUUUCCUUGCACAGACCCAGAGGCAAGCAGGGGUUGCCCUGGCAGGCGAGGCAGGAGCUGGGGAUGGGGCAGGAGCUGGAGGCAAGGCAGCUUCUGGAGGCCAGGAAGGAGCUGGAGGCGGGGCAGCAGCUGGAGGUGAGGAAGGAGGCCAGGCAGAAGCUGGAGGCCAGGAAGGAGCUGGAGCAGAAGCUGAAGGCCAGGCAGGAGGGGAGGCAAGGUCUGGAGGCGGGGCAGGAGCUGGAGGUGAGGAAGGAACUGGAGGCAAGGCAGCAGCUGGAGGCGGGGCAGUGGCUGGAGGUGAGGAAGGAAGUGGAGGCAGGGCAGCCUCUGUGGGCCAGGCAGGGCCUGAAGAGGAAGCAGGAGAGUCAGAUGAGGAGGGAGCCGCUGGGGACGCAGGAAUUGCAGGUUUGUUAGGAUCUGUGAGUGUGGCAGGAGCUGCAGGUGAGGCGGGACCUGCAGGUGAGGAAGGAGCUGUGGGUGUGGCAGGAGCCAUAGGUGCGGGAAGAUCCUGGACCCAGCCUUGGAGCCCGGUCUGGCAGCCUGUGCUGGAAAACAGGGCCUCUAUGAAACUGAGAACCUUUCCUGGAAUGGAAGAGCCACACCGAGAAGAAGAGUCCUUUGAGAGCUGGCUGGAUCACGCCAGCGACACGCUGUACCUGUGGUGCCACAUCACAGAAAGGGAGAGGAGGAGGAGGCUGAUGGAGAGCUUGGGUGGCCCCGCACUGGAUCUCGUGUGCGGCCUCCUGGCAGAAAACCCUGACGUCCCUGCACAGGAUUGCCUGGCCGCGCUGGUCCAGGUGUUUGGGAGGAAGGACACCCCCACGACCGCAUGGCUGAAGUUCCUGACCUGUGGCCAGCGGCCCCAGGAGACUCUCUUUGUCUAUGUGAUUCGCCUGGAAGGCCUGCUGCAGUCGGCCGUGGAGAAGGGGGCCAUCCAUCCCAACCGUGCGGACCAGUUACGCGUCCGGCAGGUGCUGAUGCGGGCCCGCCCCAACGAGAUGCUCGAGAACAAGCUGAGGAGGAUGCGGCUGGACAGGAGACCACCUGGCUUCCUGGGGAUGCUGCGGCUCAUUCAGGAGACCGAGGCAUGGGAGGCCACCGCAGCUAGGAGUGAGCACUUGCAAGUGGAAGAGGGGGCCCGUGUGGGCACCGGAGGCCUGGCCGCUGCCUGGGCCAGUGGAGAGGUUGCCGAAGCCUCCCCAGCCAGGGAAGAUGCUUCCCAGGCUGCCCUGGCCAACCUAGGGGCCAGUGAGGCCGUUCCUGGCAGUGCCGAAGCUGAUACGGCUGCUCCUGAAGCCCAUGAUGUCGCCAGGGCAGCCCUCGUCCCUGAGGAGGCCCCCAAGAUCUUCCCUGCCACGCAGAAAGAUGAAAAUGCUCCCGCCGUGGUAGUACUAAGAGAUACUGUGAGGGAUCUCUUGUAUUCCAGACAUCCAGACACACUCUUCCUUACCUACAUUGUUGAGUAA